GCUGACGGUUGAUAACUGACACUUGACGUACAGAUUACAGAAUAUUGAUUGAAUAUUUCUAAUUUCUAUUACAAUAAUAUUUAUAGAUUAUUUUUAUGCUGGAAUCAUAAGUUUGAUUUUGAUUUAAUAACAUUUAUGGUCAUUAUGUAACACUAAAACAACUAGACGAAGUAAAUUCAUCAAUUAAUCAUUCCAAUACUCGAUAGUUUUCAAAUAUUCAGGACUGGAGUAGAUAAGGGUCAAACGACCAUCUCGUGCAAUCUUCAGCUUUCACAUGCGCAAUGGAAAAAUUAAUAAAGAAUGUUAGGAAGUGGAACAUUCCUGCAUAUUUUAAACAUUAUUAAUAAUACCUUUUACGCGUUAGGAUAGUUUCAUUAGUGACUGUUUCUUUGGAAAAGAACAAAGUGCUCAUUUAGAAAGAUUUGGUUGUACACCUACCGAUUUUCGGAAAAAGUUUGCAAUUUGCAACCGCCGCUCGAAACUGACCGUCUUGGUAAAGUAAACAUGCCUGCGAUUGACGGCUCAUCAGAAUCUACAAAUCUUGUACCACCUAGUAAUUUAAAACCAAGCUACAUGAAUCUCAUUAAUAAUAGUGCAGCUGUAAUUUUUAAUGGGAUUAUAAUUUAUUGCUGCUUUCGCGAUGGAGUAUCAUUGUUCUCCUUUCAUCCAAUUCUCAUGUCAAUAGGGUGGCUGAUAUUUAUGUGUAGUGCUGUCAAUGCUGUCACUCCUGGUGAUUUUGCAACAGAGUGGAUGCCUAUACGUCUUCGAAGUGCAAGGCACUGGGUACUUCAACUGGUUGCUGCAACAGUCAUACUGACAGGUUUUAUUAUAAUAUUGAUAAAUAAAAUCAUUAAUGAUAAGCCACAUUUUGUCUCCUUACAUGCCAAAUUUGGUUUAGCAGCCAUUAUAUUUACUUUUUUAACUAGUCUCGGGGGACUCACCACCCUAUAUAGUCUAAAGCUAAAAGACUACAUGGCACCAAUUUACAUAAAAGUAAUACAUGCUUCUGUCGGGUUAAUUACACUUUGCUUAGGAGUGAUAACAAUAGUUUUAGGCAAUUUUUCAAAGUGGUGGUCUUUUGGAGAGGUUUUAAGGUUCCUCUCAAUAAUACUGGUAUUGAUAGUUCUAACUCUGACAAUUUUACGACCAACCCUAAAGGUAUAUUUUCGUCUGAAAGAAAGAUUUGGAUAUGUUAGUUCUAACUAUUAGAUGAAUUUUUCUAUGAUUUAAACAAUAAUUUAUUCAUUAUUAUUCCAUAAUUUAAUCUUUACUUAUGCUUAGUUUUCUUUGCUGUUUAUAUGUUUGGUGUUGUCAUUACCAAAAGACAUACUAGUUUUGCAUCCAUUAUUGUAGGUGUAGCUUAUCCAUUGGAUUGCAACAAAACACUUAUUUUCCAAAUAGAACAUAAUAU